AAUCACCGGAGGACUCCUCGGUUCAGAAUGACCCCGCAGCCAAUGGCAGGCGAGAGAGGGGGCGGGUUUGUUUUCGCUUCGGUCCCUCACAAUAUUUUUCCCUGAAGGAGAGAGAGGAGGCUGGAGAGGCUGAAUUAACGAGGGUGUCACAAAGACGGCCAGAGUGGGUGGCGUCAGACCAGACAGGAAUACACAGACAGAGACGGUGGUGAUGAUGAGCUGAGUGCAAUGGCUGCACUCAGCGUUUAUUAACAAAUAAAAGGUUUGAACAAUGGAAUACAAAACAGGACACGGCACUUGACGCCAAAAUAAACAGACAGACAAAACGACUAAACACUUAACAAACGGUGCACGGAGACAAACAAACACGGUGAGUACAAAACACUUAUAAUUAUUCUUAUCACUUAUUUUAACUCCUUUCUCUCUCACCCGUUCUCCUCUUCCGAACACCCAACCCUGAGUGCAAGAAAUGUGCGUCUAUAUAUACUAUUGUGCUGGGAUUCAAUUACUAAUUAAUUAUUCACUUGAAUCCCAGCACGUGAAUUAAUUCUGUGCAACCCCGUGCUCACAUAUUACAUUUAACCAGCACGUGAAGUGAUUUGUGCUCUCCUCGUGCCUAAAUACAAAUCUACACUUUUUAAAUACACGUGAAACACAGACCUGUUUAUAUCCUGUGUACCAAUCUAUACACCAACAUUAACACACGCAACAUACAACACAAAACACACAAAUGCACACAGGGGCGGGGCGCAUUGCCACAAGGGGUCACUGUAUCAAUAAUCUAUCAUCAAGAAAAAUAUGAGGGAUUGAUGAAUCGGCACACCCCUAGCCUUUUACUGGAAUGUUUAGUUUGUUUGCAAUUUGUGAAAAGCUGCCUGCAUGUUUAUUUCAUGUGUGUGUUGUUUGACUGCAUGUCUUGGGUAAAGGGUUGUUGUUUCUACAGAACACAUUCAUGAGUAGAGUUACAUGCAUCUGAUGCUUGUAGGUCUUUCACCAUUGGGACUUUUUUGUGUUUAAAAACGUUAAAUUGAGUAAAAUAUAAUAAUUAAAGACAGACCAGCAAAGAAAAUACAAACUAGACCAGUGUUUUUGCUCAAAAGAGCCAUCUUCCCAACGUUUGGGUAUGUUUAAAAUUUUUUCAAGGGAAAGUGUGUUUGAAAACAAACAGUGGAGGUGCUUAUAGGCUUUUGAUGCCGUGGUGACUACACUCACUUAUUUCUAUUUAAAUCUAUGAAUGUGUUUGUGAUGUCAUUUCCUGCAUAGUUAAUGAUGUAACGAUCUACUAUUCCUUUCUAUUUAAACCUCCAGGCAUCGCGGUAUUGAUUCUAUUUAUCCACUUAUUGUCCUUUAUUCUUCUGUACUGUACAUGAUCUCAUUAUUAUUAUUAUUAUUUUUUAAUUUAGUAGUUGCCAAUUAAUUAUACCCAAUUUUUCUCCCAAUUUUAUAUAUCCAUUUGUAUUUUUUCAACCUCAGCUCGCUGCUACCACCCCUGCGCUGACUCGGGAGUGGCGAUGACGAACACACGCUGUCCUCCGAAGCGUGUGCCGUCAGCCGACUGCUUUUUUUCACUCUGCAGGCCCGCCAUGCAGCUUCACCUCUCUGUUUUUGAUUGUGUGUUUCUGGUCAUAUCAGUUUAUUUAAUGCUGAACACAAGUCUGAUAUAAGUUAUAGAAACUGGAAAUCAAACUAGUGGUGUGGAGUGAUCUUUAUUUCUGUCGUUGCAUGUAGAGACCUUUCAGAUCCAUGCUUUAGUUUCAAGGAGCUCUGCAUGAUGCUGGCAGGCAGAACUGUUUAAACAAAUCUAAUGUGGGGGUUUACAUGGGAAUGGAAGUUUACACACUUUAUAUUCAUGUUUAUUUUCAACAAUAACCUUUUGUCUUGUGUAAAAGAAAUGCUGUCUGUGUUUCAGCGAUUUUGGUCCAUCUCUCCUUCCUCCUUGUUAUAGAAAAUCUCCUUCAUCUCACUCAGUACAGCACAUUUGUGAACAUGGUAAUGAAUGGAGUCUGGAACUGGUAAGGCAAGUUCAUAGAAUCUAAGGAAUAGAUUGUAACUGAUUGUAUUUUAUGUUGUUUUUUUGUUAGGGUGUUAGUUCAGAAGACAAUACUGGAUGAUCCUUGUGAAAGAGAAGAUUCAACGAUGGAGCCUGUCCAUGUUAAUGAGGAGAGUCCUGUACUAGAAUCAGUCCAUAUUAAACAGGAGAGUCCUGUACUAGAAUCAGUCCAUAUUAAAGAGGAGAGUCCUGUACUAGAAUCAGUCCAUAUUAAACAGGAGAGUCCUGAACUAGAAGCAGUCCAUAUUAAAGAGGAGAGUCCUGUACUAGAAGCAGUCCAUAUUAAAGAGGAGAGUCCUGUACUAGAAUCAGUCCAUAUUAAAGAGGAGAGUCCUGUACUAGAAUCAGUCAAUAUUAAAGAGGAGAGUCCUGAACUAGAAGCAGUCCAUAUUAAAGAGGAGAGUCCUGUACUAGAAUCAGUCCAUAUUAAAGAGGAGAGUCCUGUACUAGAAUCAGUCCAUAUUAAAGAGGAGAGUCCUGUGCUAGAAUCAGUCCAUAUUGAAGAGGAGAGACCUGAACUAGAAUUGGUCCAUAUUAAAGAGGAGAGUCCUGUACUAGAAUCAGUUCUUAUUCAAGAGGAGCUUCCUGAAGUAGACCCUGUCCAUGUCAAUGAGGAGGGUAACCAUUUUAAAACAAGCAGCUUGCAGGACUCUCUGUCCUGUACAGAAUGUGGAAAGAGUUUCAGUCAGUUACAAACCCUGAAACUUCACCAGCGAAUCCACACAGGAGAGAAAAGACAUGUCUGUGUUGACUGUGGGAAAAGAUUCAGUCAGUCAGGCAACUUGAAAAGACACCAGAUAAUUCACACUGGAGAGAAACCAUAUACCUGUUCUGACUGUGGUAAGAGUUUCAGACGUUUACAAAACCUGAAACUUCACCAGCGAAUCCACACUGGAGAGAAACGACAUGUCUGUGCUGACUGUGGGAAGAGUUUCAGUCAGUCUGGCAACUUGAAAAGACACCAGCGAAUUCACACUGGAGAGAAACCAUAUGUCUGCGCUGACUGUGGUAAGAGUUUCAGACAUUUACAAAACCUGAAACUCCACCAGCGAAUCCACACUGGAGAGAAACAACAUGUCUGUGCUGAUUGUGGGAAGAGUUUCAGUCAGUCUGGUACUUUGAAAAUACACCAGCGAAUUCACACAGGAGAUAAACCGCAUCUGUGUAGUAAAUGUGGGAAAAUUUUCAAUCUGCUGGCACAUCUUAAAAACCACCAGUUAAUUCACACAGGCGAGAAACCACAUACCUGUAAUGACUGUGGGAAGAGUUUCAGACAGAUAGACAACUUGAAAAGACACCAGAGAAUUCACACUGGAGAGAAACCAUAUGUCUGUGCUGACUGUGGGAAGAGUUUCAGCCAGUCUGGCACUUUGCAGAUACACCAGCAAAUUCACACAGGAGAGAAACCACAUCACUGCCAUGACUGUGGAAAGAGUUUCAGAUGGAUAGGAGGUUUGAAAAUGCACCAGCGAUUCCACACAGGAGAGAAACCUUAUCACUGCAGUCGCUGUGGGAAGUCUUUUAUGGCCUCUGGUUCUCUUAAAAGACACAAAUGCAAGUUGUGAAAGUUUAGGCAGAAUGUGAGUGUGUGUUCAUUCACCCGCACUCAAAAAUUCCAGUCUUAAUAUAAAAACUGUGAACUCUGGUGACUGUCUACAGAUGACACAGAUCCCUCAAUAUUAAACACAGUUCUGAAGCUGUUCCAUUAUAAAGUACAUUCCUAUAAGUUUUAUAGCAUUAUAAUUGAUUUCUCUUUUAAAAUGUCCCUUUGAACUAGCUUUUAAACAUAGCUUGUUGUAAUUCCAACUUAUAUCUGUGUAACUCUUCCUAACAUAAUAAACUGCAUCGGAAUGAGAAUAACAAGCUGUUUUAAUCAGUAAGAAGGGUUUCUGUUAGCAUGAUUAGUAAGCUGUGUGUUAAUGGUGUUCAGAUGAACUUCAAGAUUGAGAGAAAUAAACUCAGUAAACCCUAUCUUUGUAAACAAAUAAAUAAUAAUAAUAAUAAUAAUAGUAAUAAUAAUAAUAAUAAUAAUAAUAAUAAUAAUAAUAAUAAUAAUAGUAAAUGGUCUGAUUGUGGCAGUUGUAUCUGUGAAAAUGUAUUGUUUGUUCUCUUUUUCUGCUAUGUACUGUACAGUGCUUUGAGAUACUUUAUGUAUGGCUGGCCAAAACAUUAGGAACACCUGCCAUACACACACAGCAUGCAAAUACACACAAUACAGCACUGUGCAAAAGAGCUGGCCAAAACAUUAGGAACACCUGCCAUACACACACAGCAUGCAAAUACAACACAAUACAGCACUGUGCAAAAGAGCUGGCCAAAACAUUAGGAACACCUGCCUUACACACACAGCAUGCAAAUACACACAAUACAGCACUGUGCAAAAGAGCUGGCCAAAACAUUAGGAACACCUGCCAUACACACAGCAUGCAAAUACACACAAUACAGCACUGUGCAAAAGAGCUGGCCAAAACAUUAGGAACACCUGUCAUACACACACAGCAUGCAAACACACACAAUACAGCACUGUGCAAAAGAGCUGGCCAAAACAUUAGGAACACCUGCCAUACACACACAGCAUGCAAAUACACACAAUACAGCACUGUGCAAAAGAGCUGGCCAAAAAAUUAGGAACACCUGCCAUACACACAGCAUGCAAAUACACACAAUACAGCACUGUGCAAAAGAGCUGGCCAAAACAUUAGGAACACCUGCCAUACACACAGCAUGCAAAUACACACAAUACAGCACUGUGCAAAAGAGCUGGCCAAAACAUUAGGAACACCUGUCAUACACACACAGCAUGCAAACACACACAAUACAGCACUGUGCAAAAGAGCUGGCCAAAACAUUAGGAACACCUGCCAUACACACACAGCAUGCAAAUACACACAAUACAGCACUGUGCAAAAGAGCUGGCCAAAAAAUUAGGAACACCUGCCAUACACACAGCAUGCAAAUACACACAAUACAGCACUGUGCAAAAGAGCUGGCCAAAACAUUAGGAACACCUGCCAUACACACACAGCAUGCAAAUACACACAAUACAGCACUGUGCAAAAGAGCUGGCCAAAACAUUAGGAACACCUGCCAUACACACACAGCAUGCAAAUACACACAAUACAGCACUGUGCAAAAGAGCUGGCCAAAAAAUUAGGAACACCUGCCAUACACACACAGCAUGCAAAUACACACAAUACAGCACUGUGCAAAAGAGCCGGCCAAAACAUUAGGAACACCUGCCAUACACACACAGCAUGCAAACACACACAAUACAGCACUGUGCAAAAGAGCUGGCCAAAACAUUAGGAACACCUGUCAUACACACACAGCAUGCAAAUACACACAAUACAGCACUGUGCAAAAGAGCUGGCCAAAACAUUAGGAACACCUGCCAUACACACACAGCAUGCAAAUACACACAAUACAGCACUGUGCAAAAGAGCUGGCCAAAAAAUUAGGAACACCUGCCAUACACACACAGCAUGCAAAUACACACAAUACAGCACUGUGCAAAAGAGCCGGCCAAAACAUUAGGAACACCUGCCAUACACACACAGCAUGCAAACACACACAAUACAGCACUGUGCAAAAGAGCUGGCCAAAACAUUAGGAACACCUGUCAUACACACAGCAUGCAAAUACACACAAUACAGCACUGUGCAAAAGAGCUGGCCAAAACAUUAGGAACACCUGCCUUACACACACAGCAUGCAAAUACACACAAUACAGCACUGUGCAAAAGAGCUGGCCAAAACAUUAGGAACACCUGCCAUACACACACAGCAUGCAAAUACACACAAUACAGCACUGUGCAAAAGAGCUGGCCAAAACAUUAGGAACACCUGUCAUACACACAGCAUGCAAAUACACACAAUACAGCACUGUGCAAAAGAGCUGGCCAAAACAUUAGGAACACCUGCCAUACACACACACAGCAUGCAAAUACACACAAUACAGCACUGUGCAAAAGAGCUGGCCAAAACAUUAGGAACACCUGCCAUACACACACACAGCAUGCAAAUACACACAAUACAGUACUGUGCAAAAGAGCUGGCCUAUGUAGCACACACUUUCUCCCUUUGUGCAUUUUAAAAACCCAUGCAAUCUAAACAUUGAAAUAUAAAAUCUGCUUUGUUUUUGUAUAAAUUGGUAGGCAAAGGUGGGCAUGCAGAUACCGACAUCAACACUAAGACACGAAAACUAAAAAACAAGUACGGCUGUAACGAAGGGUACAUUUUCACCUUCGAAGGUUCGGAACACGUUACCGAAGGAAGGUUCGAACCUUCCAUGGUACUCAUUUGCAUAAUGUGCUGGUGACGUCACCAUAGCUGUUUAUGUUUGAUUGAAAACCCCUGUUAUUUUACAGGUAAGCCAUAUAAAUGGAAUGCAACAUUCACAUGUAGUUUAAAAAUAGGUUAUGUAGAACAGUAGUCAUGUUUUUAUAAUUUUUGAAAUUAAAA